CUCAGCCUCCAGAUUGUCCACCAAAGCAUCAAUUACAUCGAAAGAAAAACAUGUCUCUCGGUUUCCUCACCAGACUCAAGAUUUUAUGGGCACUUUACGAUAUACAAAAGAUCUAUUACCCCAUCUUGGCUGCUGUUGGUGUCCCAGUGAACCUGGUGACAAUCGUGAUCUUGUCUCGGAGAAGAUGUGGUCUCUCAAAAUGUGUGACAUCCUACCUGCUUGCCAUGGCAAUGGCAGAUCUACUGGUGGUUAUUGUUGAUCUGAUCCUGCGGCAGAUUCCCAUUGUCUAUCGGGAAGAAUUUAAUUUUGUGAGGAUCGUUCCUUUGUGCAAUAUCCAUGCAAUCUUGUUGUAUGCUGCCACUGACUGCUCUGUCUGGUUCACUGUCACUUUCACCUUUGAUCGCUGCACAGCCAUUUGUUGGCAGAAGCUGAAAUCAAAAUAUUGCAUCGAGAAAAUAGCCAUAAUGGUUUUGGGAACUGUGACUGCCCUGAGCUGUUUUAAGAACACUUUCUGGUAUUUUCUAUAUUCAAGGGACUAUUGGCUUUCCAAUAAUCCCUGGUUUUGUCGUGUCACUUUAGAAGUGUCUCGUUCUUUGGCCUGGUUUGUCAUUGAAUUAAUGCAUUACAUUUUGACACCAUUUAUUCCCUUUCUCCUGAUUUUGCUGUUCAAUGCAUUGACAGUCAGGCAUAUUAUCGUGGCCAGCAGAGCCCGCAGGAGACUUCAGGGUCAGGGCCAAAGUGAGAGCCACAAAGACCAGGAGAUGGGAAACAGAAGGAAAUCCAUGAUUUUGCUGUUUGUUAUAUCGGGAAAUUUCAUGUUGCUGUGGGCCGUCUUCAUGGUGUCUUCGAUAUGGAGACGCUUGGAUUACUUGGGGAAAAUUUGGACUAUUAUUUCUCUGCCUACAUUUGUCUCAGAAAUUGGCUCAAUGUUACAACUGUUGAGUUGCUGCACAAACACCUUUAUUUAUGUACUGACUCAGAGAAAGUUCAAACAAGAACUGAGGAACGGAGUUCAGUAUCCCCUGGCUAUGAUUGUCAAGUUGUGUCAAUUAAUGAAGCAAAGCUUUUCUUGAGGAAUAUUUUUGUAUUUUGCUCCACAGAAUGUUGAGAAGAAUUAUUUUCAAAUCUUUUCUUAAAUAUUUACGAAUGACUACAUUCUAGACCAUUAGAGUUGGGGAAGACCAUUCGGCCCCUCACGCCCGUUCCACCAUUCAAUAGGAUCAUGGCUGUCCCGCCAUUCCCCAGAUCCACUUUCCUGCUCUUCCUUGUAAUCUUUGAAUUCCUGACUAACCCAGUACCUCUAUAGUUCAACCUUAAAUAUACACAAGGAGUCCAGGCACAUUCCUGUCUAUAAAAGCAUAGUGCACUUAGCAGGAGUCUCCUCCUCAUCUCUAUCUUGAAUUGGUGCCCCUUGAUUUGAGACCAUGUCGUUUAGUCUUGGACUCUCCCAUAAAGGGAAACAUCCUCUCUGUGUUUACACUGGCGUACUCCUUAAGAAUCCAAUAAGUUUCAAUGAGAUCACCUUUUAUUCUUCCAAACUCCAGUGAGGCAAUUCCCAAGCUGUUCAAUCUUUGCUCGUAAUGCAAUCUCUCCAUGUCUGAGCUGUCUCUGAUGAAGUGAUAUUAGAAACCCAGAUGAGGUCUCUCUAGACUAUCGUACAGCUGCAGUAAGAUCUCCCCACUCUGAUACUGUUAUAUCGGGUCCCACAUUCCAUUCACCUUCUUGAAUAUCUGUUGCAUCAGUUUAAAAGGAUUGAAUAGAUGGUAAUACUUAAAGACUUGCGUCAUCCAGAGUUGGGUGUCAAUAUUCUAAAAACAACGGUGCACUUUUAUUGUAAUUAUGGCAUUGUUCAACGGCCAGCCAGAGAUCAGGUACACAUGAUGGGCUGAAUAGUCUCCUGUGUAGUAUUGUGUGAACUUUGUAGCCCCCCAAAGGGAAUUGGGCAUCUGGCAUCCACUGUCUGGGAGGGUCUUGAGGCAGGUUACCUCCUAUCUUUUUAAAAUAUGCACUUGAAUGGGCACUUGAAUGUCAGAACAUUAAAGGCUAUGGACGUAAUGUUGGAAACAUUGACUAAUGUAGACAGAGUAUUUUUGGCAGCAGAGGCUCUCAGAACGCAAUGAUCUCUUGUGAGCUGUGUGACUCCAUGAUUGUAUGAAUUCUAAAUGAUUGUUUUUCAUUGCAUUUGGGUUCCACACUUCACCUUUCUGUCAUGAUUGUGAUAGGGUCUGACAAGCGGGCUUCAGAAAGUAUGAGUUCCCUAAUUUAACCAAGUUAAUGGCCCCAAUCUGGGAGUCCUGGCUAAUGGAUACAAACAGAUGUGUCAGACAUUCUGAUCACUCUGAGAGCUGGUUCGGAGGGAGCUGGAUCAGUGUGAAAACCUCUUCACAUGCAAAUAAAGUGUGACAUGGUGAUGGGA